CUCCGCCGCCAGGCUCUGAGACCCUGCAGCCCCUCUUGAGAAGGGGGCGUCCUGAGAGGUGCGGACCUUCGCGCCCUCGGGGCUCUUCCACGCGCCCCAGGGUGAGGGGAGGCCCCUGGCCCUCCCCAGCCGCCUCCUCCCUCCCCAGGUGGCCUCAUGGCCGCGACCUGUGAGAUCAGCAACGUGUUUAGCAACUACUUCAGCACGAUGUACAGCGCGGAGGACCCCACCCUGGCCUCCGUCCCCUCUGCGGCCGCCUUCGGGGCCGAUGACCUGGUGCUGGCUCUGAGCAGCCCGCAGGCGCCCCUGGAGGGCCCAGAGAAGGCCAGCUGGUCCGGCGAGCAGCCCCAGCGCUGGUCCAAGGCCCAGGUGCUGGACUGGGUCAGCUACCAAGUGGCGAGGCACAAGUACGACGCCAGCACCAUCGACCUCUCGCGCUGCGACAUGGACGGGGCGGCGCUGUGCCGCUGCGCCCCCGAGGACCUGCGCCUGGUCUUCGGGCCCCUGGGGGACCAGCUCUACUCCCAGCUGUGGGACCUCACUUCCAGCUUCCCCGACGAGCUCGGCUGGAUCAUGGAGCUCCUGGAGAAGGACAGCAUGGAGCCCCAAGAGCCCCUGGGGGAACAGGGCCCCUUCGACCAGGGAAGCCCCUUCGCCCAGGAGAUGCUGGAGGACUGCAGACAGGCCAGCCCUCUCUACCCGGGCAGCUUCGGCCCGGGGGCCCCCUCCCCGGGCAGCUCUGACGUCUCCACUGCAGGCACUGGCACGUCUCAGAGCCCCCACGCCUCUGACUCCAGCGGGAGCGACGUGGACCUGGACACUCCGGACAGCAAGCUCCUCUCCGGGGACGGCUUUCCUGACGAGAAGGGGGAUCUCAAGCAUGGGAAGCGGAAACGGGGCCGGCCCCGAAAGCUGAGCAAAGACUCCCGGGAGUGUCUGGAGGGCAAGAAGAACAAGCACGCCCCCAGAGGCACCCACCUGUGGGAGUUUAUCCGCGACAUCCUCAUCCACCCGGAGCUCAACGAGGGCCUCAUGAAGUGGGAGGACCGGCAGGAGGGCGUCUUCAAGUUCCUGCGCUCGGAGGCGGUGGCCCAGCUGUGGGGGCAGAAGAAGAAGAACAGCAGCAUGACCUACGAGAAGCUGAGCCGGGCCAUGAGGUACUACUACAAACGGGAGAUCCUGGAGCGCGUGGACGGCCGACGGCUCGUCUACAAGUUCGGCAAAAACUCCAGCGGCUGGAAGGAGGAGGCGGCGGCCGGCCACAGGAACUGAGCGUCGGACCAGCCCUGGGACCGAGGCUUGGACUUGAGGCUGCAGCCCCCAGCCCCGCGGGGAGGACGACCAGGCUGCCAUCUGGGCACGCGCCCUGCGCCGUGAGACAAGCUGAGGCUCUGCAGCCUGCUGGCCAUCGUCCUGCCAUCUGGGGCCGGUGGCCUCUGCUCCCUGUGCUCCGCUUGGAAUGACAAGCCUGGUGUUGAAGGCAGUGGUGCGCAGGCCACAGCUGCCCUGGUGGCUCCUUCUGUCUGGGCCGCGUCAGGCCUGGUCAGACCCCAGUGGUGGACGCCUCCCUCCUGCAGAGGCUGGACCUAGCUGAGGAGGCCGGGGGCCCGGGGUCCUGCGAGGGCCCUCUCUUUCUGGACUGGCAUCCGCCGCCCCACUCAGUGCUUGGACUCUGCGGGCGGGGCUCGGAGCACCCCCUAAUUUAUGUGCUAUGAAUACGGAGAUGUACAUAGAGAUCUAUUUUUUCUAAGAGAAUUCCC